UACUCUUGCACAUUCUCAGGAGUAUAAAAUGUUUAAGUCAAUCACUUGCCUCCACCCCUGGAAUCUAAGAUGGAUCCACUCCUGCAGUGCAAUUAUAAUAAAUUCCGCAAAGUUUCACUUAAUUCAAUGCUAAUUAGUACAGCAUAAAGGUUAUUUCAUCUCUUUCUAUGUCCAGAAACUCGAGCAAGAGAUUAAGGGUGAUAUGGAAAGGCUUCGUGAAGAAAAUGAAGAACUCAAAAGAAACUGUUGUGAGUCCGAUGCAAAACUGAAUGUUUUACGCAGAAGGAUACGCCUGUCCAAAGUAAGAUCUGCCAACUAUAAGAAAGCAUACGACAAUCAACAAAACCAACUAAACAGUCUCUUAAAGAGUCUAGAGAAUAUGUCAUAUCUUCAACAAGAAAACACGGAGCUUAAAGCCGAAAAGGAAUUCUUGAUUCAGCAACUCAAUCCUAACACUAAGGGUAAAAACCUUGCAAAGAAGUGGUUAAAGAUUCCGCUUGAAAAUAGGGUACUCAAAAUUAAGGGCCGUAACUUGUUCCUCAAGAUAGCCUGACCGUGAACCAUUUAGGACUGUAGGAGGCUGCGGCUGCCAUGUAACGGGGCCAUUUGAUGUGUUGCCACUUCUUUUUCUUUUAAAAGUUGACAUUAGAGAAGGAAAGGGAGCAGUUGUGGUUCAAGAAUUAGGCAUUCUCGCUGUUUGUCUCUUCUUCUUGUUUGAAUCUUUAUUAAGUUGUUUUUAAUAAAUAUAGUUUUUUAAUAUAUCUCUCGCCUGUCUGCAUUGGUAGUUCCACCUCUAACCAAUCAAUUGUUUUUACUUUCUUUUUGUUUCAUAAAUAUGUAAAUAUACUUGCCUAUUGUAUAUACAAUACAAAAUUUAGCUUGUUGACUUGGAACAUUGGUCGAUGUUGUUCAUAAUUUAUACUAAACAAAA